AUGAGCUCGUUAGAAAAUCAUCUGAGCGCCUUUCAAGUCGCAUCAUCGAACGAAGUGAAGGACGUCUUUUGGCUGAUGUUCCGUCAGGCGAUCGCCGAAAACAGAGUAGAGCUGCUGAGGCAACUGGUGAAGGCGGGCAUUUCGUUGAACGUCGCUGAUGAGUCAGGAGAUAAAAAUUUCCCACUUCACUGGGCUGCGGCAUACUCCACGGCCGAUACCAUUGAGUAA